AUGUCGGUGCCCCUCAAGCCUAUUUCAAUUGACUUCAAUAAUCGACAAUUGGACGGCAAACAGAAGAAGUUCCACGCAAGCAUCGAACGCGCCUUACAGCAUUUCGAUUCGGUUACAGAAUGGGCAGAUUACAUCGCCAGCUUGGGUAAGCUACUAAAAGCACUGCAAAGUUGGACACCUCAGUUCCAAAACGUACGAUACUAUGUUCCUUUCCCCUACCAGGUCAGCAGACGAUUGGCUUCGUCCCUGUCGCCGAACUUACCAUCAGGAGUACAUUUGAAAACAAUUGAAGUGUACAGCAUCAUUUUUGACAAAAUCGGAAUAGAUAACUUAAGCAAAGAGUGCAAUAUAUGGAUACCGGGACUCUUACCAUUGAUGUCGUAUGCUUCUAUGUCCGUGAAAGGUCCAUUGAUCGAACUUUAUGAAAACCAUGUGGUUCAAAUGCCAGCUUCAACACUGCGGUUGAUACUGAAGCCUCUUUUGGCCAGUCUUUUCCCAGAUAUCGAUGACGAAAGCAGCGAAUCUCAGCCUGCCACACUGGCUCUGAUCGAAACAAUUCGAGAAAAUGCUGCUGACGAGUCUCUGUUCUGGCAAAGCUGCUUUAUGAUCAUGAUAAAUAACAAGGAAAGAAGGCCAGGCGGCCUUGCGUGGUUGACUAAAUUCCUACCCUCUUUUAAUGCCGUCCCUCACAAAAUCCGCCGCCAAAAUGAAGAAGUAUCGUCACCGGAGGAUUCUAUUAACGACCAGGAUAGUACUAGGAGCAAACGUGACUCGGCGCUCAGGCUUCUGCUGCCGGCAGCAAAGGAUGUAGUGCAUCCCGAACCUGGCCUUCUCAUCAGAUGUUUAGUGAGCUGCUUGGCUGAAGAUAGCGAACUGCUUAUAAAGCGAGGCAUAUUGGACUUACUUCUACAACGCAUUAACCUAAACUCUCCAAUACUGCAGCAAUUGGCUACAGAAUCAGAUAAAACUUUGCUUAUGAUGAGCUGCUGCAAAACUAUGCUCAGUCGGGACAUGUCAAUAAGCAGAAGAAUAUGGAGCUGGUUACUUGGACCUUCGUCAGUCGCUGCAACCAACUCUCAAUCAAGUCCUUCAGAUGACUAUUUCCCACGCUAUGGUGAAGCUUACCUGCUUGCAGGGCUCACCGAGAUGAUAAAACACGACCAGCAAAUACCAGACGCUUACAAAAUUUGUCUUACCAUAAUGGAUCGCUGGGAAAUUGCAUCACAUAUCAUACCGAAGGUUUUCAUACCAUUGAUGAGCGCAGCUUUCCGUUUUCAAAAUAACGACGCUAUCAUGAAAAAUGCGUCCGAAUUCUUUGACUCCGUCGAAACGCAUAUAAUAUGCAGUCACCUUUUUCAGUCGACUGUUGAGAACAACAAUCUAGGCCUUUUUAUCUUCGUACUUUCACGGUUCAGGGUCGGCCAUGAUGAGGAAAUCGUUGUGCGACAUUUGCCGCUAAUCCUGCUCGCCAUCCUCUGCAGACACACAAGUUUUCAUGAGGAUGAAUUCAACGCAAUUUGUGAGCUUCUCGUCUCAAUAAUUCCAGAAAGAGCUCUUCUACCCAUUGAACAUUCGGAGCUUUCGAAUGCAUCAGGUGUUACAGAUAGGGACGAAUACGGAGCUGUGGCGGACUAUUACUCAAACUUUUUGAGUUCAACGAAAGCACCGAAUAUGGAAGAUUCAUCAGAUGUUCUACCUCCAUAUUCAGGGGCAGAUCUAACUCUACUCAUUGUUGUAAAGAUGAGAAAAUGCCUAAUCUACUACUCCAAGAACGGCUACCGAUUCAACAAAAGCGUUGAAAUAUUUCUGCAGCUCGAAAGUAAAAUUCCUCAAAGAGCAGACGUCUCACCUAUAUCUCGACCUCUAGAGAAUGACGCCUCCGGCUCAAACGAUUUAUCGAAACCGCUGACGGACACAUUGUUCGAAAUAAACGCUGACUCGACCUGUGGGUCCAGCGACACUGUCUUCGGUUGGGUAAAGAUCUGUACAAAAUAUCUUGCUCCCAAACUUCAUGUUAUAGAGACUGCGAAGAUCUCCAAGUUAUUGGUUUCCAACCUUUGGCCCUUUUUGGUCAAUUCCGAUGCCCAAAUUGAAUCAGUCGAGUGCUUGGAUCAAUUAGCGGUUGCUUUAGGAUCGAAGUUUGUGGAAAGUGCGCUGUCGUUUGCCUUCGUCAGAGAAACAGACAUAAAUAUGAAAACGAGUGCGCUGGAUGCCAUUUGGAUUCAUUCCGAGGAUAACACACCUAUCAUUCGCAGGCCACUCGAAUUGGUUCUCGAUGAACUUUUUGAUGAUCAGGACCCAAAUUACCUUACAACAUCGAGAUGGAUCACCGGAGUCGUAAAGCAAGGUUCUGCCAACAAAUUAUAUCACAUAUUAUGUGAAAAUCUUCUCAGCAAUGAGUUGAUUUACAAGGAAACCCUGGGUGAAUUGGAUGACAUUGACUCGUUCGUUUAUUCUUGUCAAAUCCUUAUUAACGUCCUGAGUGUUGACAGUCUUCUUGUUCAGAAGUCUUUCAAGGCAGAGCGAACCUCUAUUCAAUCCACAGAGACGUGGAAAGGCGAUGACAUAUCAAAUUACAAAAACCUCGUGGUCGCAAUAAUAGUUAAGUUCUUGGGUGCGAAAGAAAAUCAUACGGGCAAGAGCGUUCGCACAGUUUUACUAUUGCUUGAUAUUCUGUUGGACGGAACCGAACACAACUUUCAGCACAUUGUAGUAUUUUUGCUAGAGCUGACGAACAAGCAAUUUGGGGUGGGCACUCAAGAGUCAGAGUUGAUAUCUGUGUCUUUACUUCACCUCAUUUCUAAAGUGUUAAGGCUUUCACAUGAAGAGCACAUUGAGCUGGGAAUUUUUAAUGACGACAAGUCCCAAUUACGCUACAUCGAUUUUUUGGUCACUGGAGUUUUGAGCAUGAAAAGCCCAUUGAUAAUUUGUUCGUACGUCAAACUUUUAUCGGAAAGCCUUGUGUACUUCCAAGACUCCAUUUUUUCCAUCAUAUUGCCCUUGACGACAUCAAUCACAGAGCGGAUAAAAGAGCUGUUUGGCAAUGACGCGGAAAGAGGCCUGCGAUACCAAUCGAUAGCUUACCUCAUGAGUGGGCUAAGAGAACUAAUGGAAGUUUCUCACAGCUACCUAGCGGCAGAGGAGAGUGGGGGUGCAUCUCACUACAAUUCUUCAAGAAAUGAUUUCUUGCAGAGCGUGGUAGCAAAUGUCUUUUCGAAUGAAAGUACCGAUGAAUCAAAAAUAAAGCACGAGCGUGAAAUCAUCAUACAGUCAUUCAAGCUUGUUGUUUCCUGCUGUUUGCAAGUUUGGACUUGGUCACACUUUUAUUCGAAGUCCAAAGAAAAUGAAAGUGGCAGAGACGAGUUCGAUCUUUUCGAAGAAUCUCUACAUCAUCAAGCCUACAAGUAUAAAUCGCAAUCUAAAAAUCUCCUGAUUGCGAUAUUUGCUCUCGAGCCUUUGGAAGUGCUUGAAGAGUUUAUAUCAGAGCACCCUGACAACGUUAGUUUGACGCUCAUACACGCUCUUGAUGGCAACAAGCCAGCGCUAACCUUACCCCACCUGUUUCAAGGCAUCGUGUAUCGAUGUAACAAACUAUCGACAGUAAAAUUCUCAAAUACCACGCCUUCGAGAACAGCGCCCAAUCCUCUAUUAAUGAAUCAGCUCAGUGCAAGAUCAAUGCUAAACUUUAUCCUCGAAUAUCUCGCAACUUUGGAGAACGCUGCGGUGGAGGACUUGUACGAUGACUUCAUCUUGCUUAUAAAGGAGAUUUCGAGUUACUCUCAGCAUUAUAAGAAGAUAUCAUGCUUAGUUCUGAAGACUAUUGCUCUUGUAAGUGAGAAAAUACACAAUACCAGAUUUGGUGAGGACAAAAAGGUAAGGAGAGAGCUUUCCGACAUUUUCAGCAAAUAUCUCCCAAGCGCGCUCAACGAAGAUUUUAAUAUUGCUGAUAUCUCCACGUACAAUGACCUCGAUUAUGUUUUUUCAAGACUGCGGUUCAUUAUUGUUGAUUUUCCAGCAGGAGACAAGUGCAUUGCGGCUAUCGCUUUAGUAGCUCAAUCUGAGGUUUUUGCUAGCGUGAAGAGGCAGCAUCAGCGUGUCCCAACACAUGUUCUGAAGCUUCUUCUGACGAUUUCCAAGAUUGGAGGCAAGUCAAAGGCUCUGAGGACUCUGAUCAAUGACGUUUUCUCCAGCGACAGAAGAUUUUGUCUUCUGGGUGACUAUUCUCCCUGGAAUGAGGUCAUAUUCGAGUGGUCGAACUACCCCGAUAACAAGGAUAAAUUGAUCAAUGAGCUAAUCACGUCUACCAGUGUCAAAGCCAAUGCUUUGGGUCCCAACAUUAAUCCUUUUACGGCCUGGAGUGAAUCUGAGAUCGAUACUAAAUGCCACAACAUUAUCAGAAUUGGUUACCUCCUUUUGAUCUCUCCUCAAGACCACUAUCUUUUGCACUUCAAGGACUUAAUGAAUCAAUUAGAGCAACAUUUAGUCUCGGAGGAAGCUCAAAUCAAGUCAUGUUGUUUCCUACUCUUGAGGUGUGUGUUACUGCAGUUUUCGGCAAUGCACUUUGCCGAGUAUUGGAGUAUGUUGUCCUACAGCUUGCAAAUGGGGUUUCAAAAAUUCUAUGAAUGUCUGCAGAUGCAGCAAGACGUAGAGCCUAAUGUGAUUUUUCAGGUUGCUAAAAGUGUGGACAUGCUGUUGACCUUAAAUUUUGAAGAAUUUUCUGCCAGUUACGAGUGGCUUUUCGUGAUCGACACUAUCAACUGUAUUUACAAGACGGAUCCUUAUAUCAGCUUGGCUGAUGAAAUUAGCGAUUGCAAGGACUUUGCAAAAACGGAUGCCGGCGAAUUCGAUGUUGUGGAGGGUUCAAAGGACAGAGUUCCGCUACUACAGGGAGUACAUGCUAUUCAGAAACACACGCAGCUAAGAAAGUUUUUCCACACCGUAAGUUAUGCACAUUAUGAGGAAAUGUAUGCGUUGAAAGCAGUGGGCUGGAAAGCGUGUUGUGAUGACACCUUUGCUGAUAUAUUCGCUUUCAUAAUGACUUAG